GCAAUAAGUGAAACGUUUUUUAUUUUUAAGGUACUGAUUUGUUUGAAACAUUUUUUGUUGAAAAUCCAUAGGGUUUGUCAGUCCAGAUAAUCACAUCCCAUCCUUCAACAUUUAAGCAGAUAACAAUAUGAAAGUAACAUGCUUUUACGUGUUUCAUUCUGCCUGCGUUUUUUAAUUUGAUGUUCCCUCAAUUUGCUCCACUUUACAAGUCAGACAUUGAGGUUUUCCCUUACAAGAAUUUUUUUUCAAAAACAAACAGAUAUUUUGGACAUUUCAAAGGCCAUUUUUAACCAUAGUCAAGUCGACUUAUUAAAAAAAUUACACAACGGCUUUUUAGACGGGUCAGCGUGAUAUUAGUUUCUACAAUAUGGCCAAUUCACGCUUCGAAUACGUGAAGGGUUUUGAAAAAGCAGACAACUUGCUCCCUGAGACGUACAUUGUUAUUCGUAUUGAUGGAAAAGGUUUUCAUAAGUUUACAGAAAAACAUGAAUUUGCCAAACCAAAUGAUUCCCGCUGUUUAGAGUUAAUGAACAAGGCAGCUGAAAUAGUCGUAUCAGAAUUCACAGAUAUCGUUUUGGCUUACGGCGACAGUGACGAAUACAGUUUCGUCUGGUGCAAAGGUACUCAGCUGUAUGAGAGAAGAGAGAGCAAACUUGUUUCUCACGUCUGCUCCUUGUUUACUUCGGCAUUUGUUUUCAACUGGUCAAAAUUUUUCGAUAUUCCUUUACGCUCACUUCCUUCGUUUGAUGGUAGAGCGGUUCUUUACCCUUCGUUCUCCAGCCUUCGCGAUUAUCUCAGUUGGCGACAAGCAGAUUGUCAUAUUAAUAAUCUUUACAACACAACGUUUUGGGCCCUGCGACUUCAAGGCAAAAUGUCUAAUCGUGAAGCAGAAGAACGACUAAAAGGAACUGUUAGCGCCGACAAGCAUGAAAUUCUUUUUUCCCAGUUUGGUAUUAACUAUAAUAACGAACCAGAAAUGUAUAAAAAGGGUACCAUAUUUACUCGAAAACCCGCCGAUGGAGACGACAUGCUUUCAAAGGGGACAAACCUCUCAAAGAAACAAAAGAAAAAACUCGUAAUUGAAAAACUGCAUGUCGACUUGAUCGCAGAUAGUUUUUGGAAAGAACGACCAUAUUUGGAAACAUUUAUGAAUCAAUAAGUUGAAAAAGAAAGCCGGCGAUUGAAGACACGAAACUCGAGCAUAACGAGUGAACUCUCUGUUCAGAGUGGGAGAGGAAACAACAAGGUUUAGAAUAUAAACAGACAACGCAAGGCCAACUGCUGCAUUGGUUUUUUGCGCAUUUUUUAUUUAACUUGAUUGUUCAUGUGAGUUGAGUAGGGAUUUAUAAUUACAGAGGGGACUAAUGAAAAUAAUUCAUUCUCUAGCCAGACAUUUUAAGGUGUCAAGACCCUCACGAUUGCAUUAGGAGAAAAAAUUUGUUUCACACAAAUUGGUUGUGUAGGAAAAAAAACGGAUUUGUUCGUCGAUAGCGACUCGCAGUAUUUAGUAAGAAAAAAAAAAUGUAAAUCCUAAUUUGGAUUAGAUGCCAAUGAGACUUUCGCCAUGGCUUCAACAAAGUUAUCACCACGACCUCGCUGGUUUUGCAUUUUUUGAGCAACCAAAUCAUGACGUCUACGAAUCAGUGCAAUAACUAAAUUCGGUUAGUGAAUGAACUAUGAAGAUAAAAGGUAAAAACAUACACUUCUUAAUGGUGGGUGCAUCAUUAGACUCAUCAGUACUAUUAACAGAAGGGAGAUCACCUUCCAAAAGUGACUCCAACAACAUAUUAGAUGCUUCGUACAUGCGCAAGCAUUUUGCCAAAUCUUGUCCUGAUAAUUCCGAAGUUACGGCCGUCCUCGACUAUAACUGUUAGUAAUCUAUGCAUGAUAUCCAUGGAGGCAACAUACCAUAUCAAGAGCUUGAUUAUAGAUGAGAUGCGAUGCCUCGAUGUUGUCAGAAUCAUCAAUCUCAUGCAAAGUCGUUAGCGAAAUAUACUUUUCGCGCAUAAACUGAGACUUUUCAAAUGACUCAUUAUAACGCCUGCGAAACCAGUCAUGAGACUGUUGAACAGGCAUGGAACUGCUCUGCUCCAAAUUACCAGCUUUAAAGGCAAAUAUUCUAUCAAGACCAAUUUGUAAAAGUUCCAUGUCGCGCUCAUACAGCACAAACGCUUCUUUGCAGAGAGACGCAAUAGCACCAGGAGGUAAUUGUGCAUUGGCCUCCAACUCCACAAUACGAGACUCAGCAGCUAGUGGAGAAAUUACUUGAGCAAGUUUUAUCUCGGCAAAACGGAAGACGGCGUUGCAUUUUGUGGAAAGCUCCUCGAGUGAUUUAAUAAGUGCUGCUUCACCAAGAAUAAUAGGCUUCGAAGAAAAGGAUCCCAGACUCUUCCUUCGUGAAGAAGUGUCCGACAUCAUUCCACUUUUUUCUUCAUUGCCAUGAAGUUUUGCAUUUGCAAAGUUUAAAGCCCGUGCUAAUGCACUUUGAGGAGUUGCUACGGACGAGGGUUCGAAUGUGUGGAACUGAUCAUAAGCUGGCUGCGCUAAAUGAGCUGCAGGCGCAGAGCAAUUUACCGCCGUGUUGAAAGACGGCAAGCGACGUAAACGGUUGACGGGGAUAGGGAUGUUUCCAGAGUUUGGAGGCAAACUUUCAGGAGAGAAGCUAUUGGGAUGCAUUAAGCCGGCAGUUGGAGACGAAGUUGUAUAUUCGCGAGAAAAACGCUGAUUAUUAUUGACCCAAUAACUUGAAUCGUGAUCCACAACAACGAAAUCGCUGCCGUUUUUAUUGCUUUUGAAACUCGACACACCCCG